AACGCGGGGCUUAGUUAUCGAUAGAACCAAAGCCAUCCUCAUGAAUGAUCUGGUUGUUAUUUAAUUUAUAAAAAGAAUCAUAUUCACCUUCUUUCUCUCUAUCCCUUUACCCUCUCAUCUACAACUCUACCAACUAUCGAAACAACUCUGUUCGUAUCUCCAACAUGGCUACCGACAACAACAUCACCUUGGUCCCCUCUGAAGAAAUUGACAAGGUCUUUGCGCACACGACCAACCUCGCCUCAUCUGCCCUGAACACCCAAAUUCUCGCCUGCUCCAACGAAUACUUUGCCGCUGCUUCCAAUCUCCUCACACCUACCCGGCCCAUCAACCGUCCGGGUGUCUUCAUCCACACCGGAGCCUGGUACGACGGAUGGGAGACCCGACGCCACAACCCCGAGCCCUACGACUGGGUGGUGAUCAAGCUGGGCGUCGCCAGUGGCACGAUCCAGGGCGUGGAGGUCGACACGGGCUUCUUCGUGGGCAAUUACGGCGAGAAGGCCGCGUUGCAAGGCACCUACGCCCCCGCCGGCAGUGGCGUCACCGACAGCGACAUCGCAGACCCGGAAUUCCAGGGCUGGACAACCAUUCUCCCGCCUCAAACCUGUGGUCCCUCGCAGCGUCGCGCCUGGAAGCUCAACGCCUACCACCCCGCAACGCCUUACACCCAUGUGCGGCUUCUUAUGUAUCCUGACGGCGGAUUCGGUCGUCUGCGCUUAUACGGGCACGCCAUCCCCCCGGCUGGAGACACCCCCGCGCAACUCGCCGUGGACGAGCUCUCCUCUGCGCUCCUGGGUGGACUGGCCCUCGCCGCUUCCGAUCAGCACUAUACCCCGGCCUCGAAUCUCAUCCUGCCCGGCCGCGGAAAGGAUAUGGGCGAUGGCUGGGAGACUGCCCGAUCGCGCGCCCCGGGCCAUGUGGACUGGGCCAUUAUAAAGCUAGGUCUCCCCGGCUCCGUCUCUAAGAUCGUUGUCGACACUAAAGACUUCCGCGGGAACUUCCCCCGCGCGGUGAGAGCUCACGGAUUAGUUGCCGGCUCGGUUGCCGGGCCGGAGGUCCCCGCGCAUGACCAUACGGGCUGGGUCGAGCUUCUCAAGGGUGAGAACCCCUGCCAGGCGGAUACUGAGCACGUCUUUGAGGGGGCAGAGCUCACUGCAGGAGCCGAAGAUACCAGGACCUUUUCUCAUGUGAAGCUCACUCUUGUGCCUGAUGGUGGUGUCAAACGUUUCCGUAUCUUCGGUAAGAGGGAUCUCUCUACGCAAUGAUUCUGUUGCGUGUAGUAAUCGAAGAGAUAUCGAGAGACAAACAACCCGGUUUCUUCUCUUUGUAGAUAGAAAAACGAAAAGAAGAAGAAGAAAGGCAGAGAGAUAUAUUCUCAUGAAAUAAAACCGAAUUUGGAGCCUAUCUAUUCCACUACCACUAUAUUUGCAGGACAAAACUGGGCUAACUUGAGCCCGAAAUACAGAAACACCAAGACUACCUAGGUAAGUGGAUGGAUGAUACCGGAAUGGCUAUAGGUCCACCCAAUAGAGCAAAAACAUAUAUACCGUACGGAACCUUGGAAUUAAGAGAAAGAACCCGUAUACGCCCCUAAAAGCUGACCGUAAAACAAAGCCCAGGGAAUAAAAGUAGAUGAUAAAGCUCAGUGGUUCAUU